UUGGUGACCCUUUGUUCAUUAGGUCUAAAGUCUGGUGAAACUGAGGCUAAUGUGCGCUCACUUGGUCUGGUAAACUUGUUUUUUUGUUAAAGUGACUUUUUUUAUACAAGUAUUCCAUUUUCUACCGCUUAUCCGAACUACCUCGGGUCACGGGGAGCCUGCGCCUAUCUCAGGAGUCAUCGGGCAUCAAGGCAGGAUACACCCUGGAUGGAGUGCCAACCCAUCGCAGGGCACACACACUCACUCAUUCACUCACGCAUUCACACCCUACGGACAAUUUUUUCCAGAGAUGCCAAUCAACCUACCAUGCAUGUCUUUGGACCAGGGGAGGAAACCGGAGUACCCGGAGGAAACCCCCAAGGCACGGGGAGAACAUGCAAACUCCACACACACAAGUCGGAAGCGGGAAUCGAACCCACAACCCUGGAGGUGUGAGGCGAACGUGCUAACCACUAAGCCACCGUGCCCCCCCAAAAUACAAACCCUCCCUCUCAGGUAGAUAUAAACGAGGAGACCCCACAGGACCAGUCACCCACUUUCUGCUAGAACAUCCGACGCAGAUUCUUUUGAUGCAGUUUUUGGAAAACCUUCUUCAAUCAAGAAUGGCUUCUCAAAGAGCCGUAAGUCAGUCAUAAUUUGAUCAGCCAGCCCUUCAUUCACACAUCUGAGGCCAUCGCUGAGCUGGUGGAGAAGGCCAAGGCCAAUUCUCUGGAGAUUCUGCAGACUCCCUUAGUCUUCGGUACUGGCCACUUGGCAAAGAUCAUGUUGGACUCCAGUCCAAUCGACAGGUGGAUUGAGGUGAUUGUGACUGAUGUUCCUCCAGCACUGACGGGUGCAGUGGCACCAAUGCCUUCCACCGGCACCACCCCAGAACCACCAGCUGUGGCAGAGACUGAGGAGACUGAGCCCUCUGAGGUUGGCAGUGACCUUUCAGAUCGAGCCCGACAUGCAGUGGAAGAGUCAUGCGAGGAAGCUGAUGGCAGAGAAGGGACUGUAUCAGAAACACUCCCUGGAUCACCCGCUCCUGAAAGACUUUGCCACGUACCUGUAGAAAAACCUCCAGAAUGAAGAUUUCAAACAGGAGGUAGAUAAUGUGGCUAGUUUUCUCCCCUUCAUGGACCCACAACGGCCGUCCCUGUUGUCUGUGAGGAACAGGGAGAAAUCAAAGCUUGAUCUCUGUGAGCUCACUGAGGCCAAAUCGACCAAACAGACUCCACUCAAAUACCUGAAGAGCCUGAAAAGGACAAAAGGGUUCCGUAAGUGAUGGCGGCCAUUAUCGGUGGUGUUGAUAAUUGCAAUCUACGUCUCGCAUGCGAACAACAGACUGAAGUUACGGACACAGGACAGAGAUGUCGUCGUCUGAGACAGCUGAGAGUAACCUUUGCAAGUCAAGUGACAAGAAUCAAUCAGAGGACUUAACACUGGUAGUAAGAGGGAGAGGAAGAGGGCGGAGAGGUAGGGGUGUUGGAGAUGCAGGCAGGAAGGGGAGAGGCAGAGGAGUUAACGUUACCCGGGAGGACCGCACAAGAGAGGAUGUGGAAGCUAAGCAGUAUUAUAAUAUAACUUACAUCCGAUUUAUACAAAUUAUGAUUGUAAACAUGAUUUCUAACUUGAUUUCCACACGGCCAUGCAACAAGGACUAAUGAUACAAUUACAAAGUGCUAAAAGUUUACAAGGAGAAACGCUACUUCACUUGAUGAUCAGCUCAUCUAUUAGCUAAAGCUAUCAAUCUAUUAGCUAAAGCUAUCAAACAAACAGUUCACUUAUAUUGCGGAAAUUAGACAAAUUUACCGGUCCAGCAGAAAGCUGGCAACUUCGGCGUCGCUUAGCAAACCUGUUUCCUGCUUCAGUGCCCUCCUUUUUUAAAAGAACCACGCUGAUGUUUAUUCAGGUUUUCAGCUUUGCAAGCUGCCUCAAAACACAGCCGAAGAAGAAGAACUAGUCUCGUGCAUCCUUCGUUUUACAAAACGCGCUCAGUUUGUCCGUGUAGUGUUACUAUACAAACAUGGCCGUGCAAUUUGAUAAAUUACAUGUAAGGGUGUCCUCGCGGUGUAUAUACAUAAAAUCGCUCAUUGUAAGGUAAUAUAAACAUUUCGGUUCAUUUUUUAAGGUAUUUCUUCACCACUCACAACAUAGUUUUGUAUUGUGUCAUGACUUAAAUGCUUGUCAUUCUUUCUCCAGUACCUCACGGUCAACACCGACCUCAUGCACCGCAAAGAGCUGCCGUACAUCGGGUCUCUGCAGAAAAGCUGCGCAAAAUUGGUCCGCAAGGAAAUCGUCCAGAAGAGUGUGCCAGCAUGUCCAGAGUAUCCAGCCCUGCCACCCACUGGGACCAGCUAGAGGUCUGGCUGACCGCAAUGACGGAGGCCCUCCUGCCCGAGGCGACCAGGGAUCUACAGGACCUGAGCCGUGAGCAGUUGGAUGACGAGUUGAACCGGCUGAUGGCCCCCGAUCCAACACAAAGCUACACCCACAAGGAACUGGCUAGGAUCAGCGGUGCCCUCGCCCACAACCUCAUCGUCCAGUUGAAGCUGAGCGACGGAAACGUCACCCUCCUGGAGCAAGAGACAGCAGCAUCUUGCUGGAGAUGCACGCAGGACCCAGGAAGACGUCCAGAACCGCCUAGAUCGAAUGACCCUGGAGGCCCAAGAGCUGGCAACGGAUGAGCGGCACCCAGAGCUAAAGGAGGAGGUGCAAAGGCUCCGGCAUACUGUAACUGACCUCUGUACAGACACCGAGCACAGAGAAUGGUUGGAAAAGCAGGCCCGCGAGAACCUGGAAUGCAAGCUCCAGAAAGCAAAGACUCUAUUACAACGGGCUGAAACUGAACUGAAAGAGAGGGAGGCAAAAUCCAAAGCCUCUGAGAAACACUUUCAAGCAGCCCGAGCAGAAGCCCAAGCCUUGGCACAUCAACACGACCAACUCCAGUCGGAAUUUGAUACCGUGCAAAGAGAACUAAAGUAUGCCUAUAUGUUUAAUGCUGAACCAAGGGGGGGAAGAGCCACUGCUGAACUUCCCCCGACAAGCAGGACCAGACUUCCCAGUCAAUCAUCAUCCGGGAAAGAGGAAGCUGAUAGGCUGCGGUUUAAGACACCACCUGCCAGCAUCCAAGAGCCCUUAACAGCCACUGAGGGAUGGGAGCAUCUCCAGAGAAUCCCUACAACAACCCACUGCAUGGCUCCCAAGGACCUUGACAAACUGGCCAGGAACAUCCCCACAUUUACCCCAAACCCUGCAGGAGGACACGAUGUACACGCCUACCUGCAGGAUAUUAACUUUCAUCUUCAAAACAUGGCAAAUGUUUCCACCAGAGACACUCUGUACUUGCUCAGGAUUACCUCCAGCCGCGAGGUGCGCAGCUUCCUGGACCGGCAGGCAGACACUGUCAAAGGGGAUUACAAGCAACUGCAGCAGGCUCUAAUAAAGGAGUUUUCAGACCCAGAGUUUGAACAGGGAUUGGUUGCUGCCAUGGACCUUAAACAGGGCCGUCUCGAAACCCCACAGGCCUAUUAUAACAGACUGAGACAAACCUACUUUGGUGCCAGAAAUGAGCCAGAGAUGGAGGAGGAUUUUAACUUAGGGGUGGGCGAUCUAGAAAAAAAAUUCAAAUCACGAUUUUUUCAAGAUAGAUCACGAUUCACGAUUUUAUCGCGGUUCUUCUUCAAGUUGGUUUUAAGACUAUUUUGCAAAUUAAAGGGGCUUCAAUACAGCCAAACUAAGUCCCCAUAUAAAAAUAUACUCUUUACCAUUUAUAUUUUGAAGAAUAUUUUAAUCAAGUUAAUAUUUAAUGCAAGUGCAAGACCAUAAAUCAGCUGUUAGAAAAAAACUUUACAUUUUGAAUUUUGUUUUUCAUCUUGUUGCGGAACUCUGAGUAAAGCUGUGGAAUGGGCGUGGAGGAUAAAUAUUUUUGGCUGGGUAUUUCGUAACGUGGAUCCACGACUUUGAGCAGUUUUUUAAAGCCCUCAUUUUCCACAGUCUUUAUGGAAAUCAUGUCUUUGGCCAGGUAAAAUGCGACCGCGUCAGUGACAUCUCUCCAGCGCUUGUUCAUUCUGUCAUACGGAUACGGAGUUCCUUUCUCAAAUGGUUCUUUCGCUAAAGUCGUUGUUUAAUCCUUUUAGUUUCCGUAUGCUUGAUUGUACCUGAUUUACUCGCGUGGGAUCCCUUUAUAAUUUGACUGUCGGCAUACUCUUUCAGUCCCUUUUAUUUUGAGAUGGUUAAAAAGGUUCGUCGUGUUGCCUUACGACGCUCGAAUCUUAUCAUUGCCACAUUUGCAAAUAACUGUUGUUUGGGCCGUGUCAGUUGGCCCAAACCAUUUCAAUAUUACUGAUGUAGAAUUUUUUUUAGGGACCAAGUUCUCCGUGUUUCCCUCCAUCUUCACUGACCGCGUCACUUAAUCUUACUGAAUUCACAAGCAACGUAUACGAGCUUGUUAACAUGGCGCAAUCUAUCGCAAGUAUGUUGACGAAUUCUAUAGAACAGCACUAUAUAGGACGAUUUAACGAUUUUCCCGAAAAAGUGGAUCGUGCAGUCAUUUUAAUCGUUCGCGAUCUAAUAUCGUCAUAUCGCACACCCCUAUUUUAACUUUAGAACUCUUUUCCUGCGCAACCUGCAUCCUAGCAUGAGCCACCACUUAGGAGUCACGGCAUGCCCCCGCACCAUGACCACUCAACAGCUGCGGGAUCUAGCCCAUAAGGCCUAUGUAAAGCACAGGACUGCCUCUGAAAAGACUGUUAAAAUUCCUUUUAUUCUCCCUGUCUCUGAACACUACCCAGAGCUGACUCUAGAGGCCACCCAACCGCAUCACAAUGACAGGCCUGUCAACAGAGAGGCAAGGGACUUUACCACCAGUCGGGAACGGUUUGAUUACACUGGUGCUCCAACCAUGCAUCCGACAGGAUGCCCCGAGAGACCUUGGAGCAGACCAUGCCCGUCUGACGACCCAGAGGGCAGCACUGCCUGGGAAACUUACCUCAUCGAGAUCGACCCACUGCCAGGGCACCACAGCACUGAGGACGAAUAAGACCCACCUGUCACUUUGACUAUUACGAUCCAAACAAUCAUCGUCCGACUAAGCUUCUAUGCGAACCCCGUCGGCCGAAGGGGGGAAUAUGUAGGAUCUUGGCCGGAUCAAAGGUGAGCAUUUGUCGUCGUAAAAUACUACGACCUCUCUGUAGGGGUCUAACCGGUGCCAGCAAGUCUGAUCCAACUGCUCUCUCUUAAGCAUCCAUCAUUUGGUCAGGAUAGUUUCUAACACCUCCCUUUGACUUCAAAGAAGUCCCAACGGGGAGGAUGGGGUGCUUCUCCAAAGAUGGACCAUUUGCUCUAAAAGGACAUUUACAUUUACAUUUAGACAUUUAGCAGACGCUUUUAUCCGAAGCGACUUACAAAGAGUUUAGGAGCAAUAAGCGAAAGUUCAUACAGGAGCCAUAAUACAUUAGGUGCCAAUACAAAGUCACUGGUUUCAACAAAAGCUAGACCACUACCUGUUGAGAGAAAGGGUUAGUGUAUUUUUUUAUUUAUUUUUUUCAUUUGUUUGUCAAGUAUUCACAGAAGAGAUGGGUUUUAAGUAGUUUUUUAAAUGUUGUGAGAGAUGUGGUUGAACGGACAGAGAUAGGAAGAAUGUUCCACCAGGAAGGAGUUGUGAAUGAAAAGGAAUGUGGCCUAGGUUUUCAUCUCCUCUGGAAAUUGUCUGAUUUUUCUCCUUAUCCACAAAAGAAUGUUCUAAAUGGAUAUACCUCUAUAUCUCCACAUUGUAUGUUUGUCCCCAUGUUAUUCGGCCUCGCCUAUAACCUCAAAAGCAUGUGUGUUUAGUUGUAUUCUGUUUAUAUUUUCAUUCUUGUACAAACUUCAGGUCAAUGUACUUAUAACACUGGCAUGUUUUAUAACUAAAUGUUUCUCUUUUCAUUCCUUGAAAGAUGAUGUAUAGCACAGUAAGGUGGGUCCUACCAUACUCAUUUUAUGUAAUUCUAAGAGUUUUACAGCACCAAACUCCUAAGUGAUCCUAAAUGCAAAUGAGCUAAUAAGCGGAACAAAGAAGCUUGAUCUCGCCCCAAAAAUCAGCUCAUCACAUUGGAUCACUCACUUUAGAGGGGCAUGAAGCCCAAGCUUAAAACAUCCGUUAACUGAGCAAACGAUGCUCAGCUCUUCCGUGUGUUCGCGCGUUCCAGUUUAAGAACACCUCCUGUUUUUCCUUUCGGCAGAAUUACUUCGGCUAACUUUGUCAGCCAAUCCCGGCUCUAAGAGAGAAGUAGACGGACUCACCCGCUUUUUUUGAAACCAUCAGGACUUUGAGAACACUUUUCCACGGACACAAAACCUUGUCCAAGCACACUCAAAAGGAAACCAAUGCAAUUAUCAACUAUUUCCUAAAUAGGUGCGUUUAAGCUGUUAACUAAGGAGACUGUCCUCGAUGGUUCAUGCAGAUGUGAAUAAUUGUUUGUAAUACUGCCACUCUUUGCUUUGUCUAUUUCUUCCAUUUCUUUACUGCUUUUACGUUUCAUGUUUGUUUGUUAUUUCUUAGUCGGUUUGUUUCCCCUUUAGUUUGGUCUAUAAACCUGCAUUUGUCUGCACGCUCGAAUUGUUGAUGUGUUUCUUUAUCACAUAUUAACGUCACUUAAACUGCUUGAUUUCGUUAUAAUUUCUGGAGCGGUACUGUACUACAUAGAGGAAGAGUGUUAUGUUUCCAAGGCCAGGAAAGUAAUAUUUCUUAGAUUUGAUAAACGAUCUGCGGAUCACUCGCUGGACGAGUAAAUUUAGUUUGUCGCUAUUAUCAGGUCUGCCGAAUCCGAUAAAGUGUAUAAAACAGGUAUAAUUAAUCAUCAUUAAUUAUAUGUCUUUUACUGUGAUCAAACUCAUAGUUCCCCGAAAUACACUACAGUUACACAGGACCAUCCAGUCACAUCUUUACAAGCCACAGACAUUGCUUUCUAAUAGUGAACGAACAAAUGUGGCACGGUGACAUUUUAUCUACUUUUAUGUUGCCGCAGGUCCCUGAGGUUAAAAAAAAUACCGGUACAGACAAUGUCUUUAUUUGCAGUUUAGUGACUGGAUCAUUGAGUAAAGCCUCACUCCCUUUUGUCCUGGUUUCUAAAUACAAUCGUCAAAACACCAUAGCAAACAUGGCUCCAUGGGGUCUGGCUUAAGGUUUUGAACUCUCACAGAGAAGUUCGAUGAGAGUUCAUUCUGAAACCAUUCACGAUUUCCAUCCACGCGCAUACGGAUAUUGGUCCAACACCGAGAUUGCAAGUGUCCGUCUCUAAAUAUAGAGUAGCUGCGUUAAGAGCGAGCCUCUUUGUUAAAGAUGAUUUUAUUGCU